AUGGAUAUUGUUAUUGCAGAAUAUAUGAAGACAAGACCGCAGAGGGACCUGCAUCUUGACUCGGGAUUCAGAGCUUGGGCCGUCAUUCAUGUUCGCCUUUUUCUAUUUGUUGGGCAUGAUUCUGAAGCGACUGCAAUACUUAAUUGCUUCUACCUCUUAUCGAAAUCUCCAGAAAUGCUUGCCCGGGUUCGUCAGGAACAUAGCAGUGUGUUUGGCACCGGGGCAUCAAGUGCACAGGAGGUUCUCAAGGGGCGCCCUGAAAUAAUCAAUCAACUUCCGUACACUAGCGCUGUCAUCAAAGAGACAUUGCGAAUGUUUCCACCCGCCAAUGGUAUGAGAGAUGGCACAUUCUUCCCGACAGAAGGUUUGGGAAUCUGGAUUGUGCAAGCGGCAGUUCAUCGCAACGUUAAAUGA